AUGGCAACUUCAGGACCAUCAACAAAUAGAACCGGAAGACCUCGUAAAGCAUCUACCGCCGCUUCUCAUCCUCCAGGCCUCACUCCAGCCGCAGACAUGCAAACACCAACGCCAUCAGCUUCGGCUGUAGGUGGAGGUAUGAGCAUGCCCCCACCUAGCUUCAGUACCAAUGGUCCAUUAACAGUAUCAGAUUGCGAAUACAUGGCUUCACAAUUGCUCGAACCAGGUAUAGCAACUCGAAAGAAAUUAGAGAUAGCUUUUGAACUAAGAGAUUCAGCUGAGAGUACCAGAGAUUUCGGAUUUUACGAAAAAUACCUUUCGAUCUUUGUACCAGCUCUCAUAACGAUCCUAGGCGAAGAGAAAUCGGUCACUUUCAUGAAGGAUAAUAUCGAACAGCGAUAUCGACAUACACUUCUCGCCUUUCUUCAAAGACUACCUCACACUGAACCAUUUAGACAUCACAUGAGCUCUGUAAUGGAUUUGUGUGUCAAGCUUUUGAAAUUAGAAAACGAGGAAAAUGCUUUGCUGUGUAUUAAGAUCAUGAUUGACGGAUUAAGGAGUAACAAGGAGCAAAUGGAGCCUUACAUUGAACCUUUUCUCGACCUUGUCAAACAAAUGUAUUCAAACACUAAAGCUGUAGUGGAAAAGGAAUUUGGUCCUACUGGAGGAGUUGCAACGGUGACUACCAAACCACCAAAUUCAGCAAUCACAAAUCCUGCUGCACCUUCACCGGCACCUGCAACUCCAGCAAGUGAUACAUCCGCCCAACCUGCACCCCCUCCUCAACCGUCUUCUUCUCAACAUCCAAUGCUCCCACAUGCUCUUCACUCUCCAAAGGUCCUCACUGAGUGUCCUAUCGCCGUUGUCCUGAUCUUUCAGACAUACAAGCAGAUCAUGCAAACGGCCAUGCUGGAUUUCUAUCCUCUUGUCAUCGACAGCAUCAAAAUACAGCCAGAACCCCAAAGAUUGGCACAUUUGGAGGCCAAGGAGAAAGGAGAAAUCUUUGUUGGUGUAGCGAACGGAAUCGGCAACAGGGAGAUGUAUGCGGAAUUGAUCAAAGCUCAAGUGAAAACCAUGGCUUUCCUGGCCUAUGUGUUGAGAGGUAACCAAGGAAAUAACAAGGAAUACGUAGAUGUUUUUCCCGAGGCUUGCCUAAGGCUGUUGAGGGAUUGUCCACCGGAGGAUGUGGGGACUCGAAAGGAACUCCUUGUCGCCACCCGACACAUCCUGACUGUUGAGUCCAGAGCAUGUUUCAUUCCCUAUAUCGACGUUCUACUUGAAGAGAGGGUCUUGGUCGGUACAGGUGUAUCCAGUCGAGAAUUACUCAGACCUUUGGCUUAUUCUGUCGUUGCGGAUUUAAUACACCAUGUUCGAAAUGAUCUUCCUUUAGCUCAACUCACUCAAGUUGUAUAUGUCUUCUCUUGCAACCUUAAUGACUCAACAUUCAACAGCUCGAUACAGACAAUGUGUGCCAAGCUUCUCAAUACGAUAAUUGACUCAAUACAUAGCAAGGCAGAUAGUGUAGAUUUUGCUCGUAUAAUCAAAGGAAUAUUCUUCACCUUUCUAGAGAAGCUGACUGCGAUGUCUGAAGCUCACGAUCGACUCAAAGCGGUUGGAAUUAGGGAUAAAGGCAAAGGAAAAGCAAAGGAGGAGGCGGAUGGAGCAGAUGUGCUAAUGGAGGAUGCCGCGAAAGAAUCGGCGGAAGAUAGAAUGCAAAAUGGAUGGAGAGAUAUUGAGCAAGCUAUGCCAGUCCACUCUGUUGCCUAUGCCAAUGAAUCCCUGGAAUCAUUCUGUCGAGAAUCACGCUACUUGUUCAAAACUCUUCUACACACUUUUCGCACCCUUCUCACGUAUACACGCCAAGGGGACACUCCAGCACCUCAGCCAGAUGGCGAGCUACUUAGCAAGUUCUUCGAGCACAGUUUAAAGUGUUUGGCAAUCUUCGAUCUCAACCAUCAACGAGAUCCCCGUGAACCAAAAGAAGCGCUCGAACUGCUCUCACAAAUACUGCUUCUUUUCGAACCUCAUGUCUUCGCUGAAGUAUGGUCAAGUCACAUGCCAUUCUUCAGCGAAUUGGCCAUAAACAACGGGCAGAUAUUCCCCAUACUUCAAAUGCUUAUCACGCACGAGAGCGUGUCCCAUCAACUGGUCGCUAUUCUUCUCAAACACCUCAUGAACAACCUUGAAGGUUUAGGUAGUAUGGAUAAGCCGCAAGCCAUUCUUACGCUCAAAAUGUUCAAAAUAUCCUUCCUCGCUAUCAACACUUAUAUCGCCAAUAACGAGGUAGUCCUAGUGCCCCAUCUUCAAAAGCUCAUCAUGAACUCGUUUGAGUAUGCGGCGAAAUCUGAAGAUCCCGCUAUCUAUUACCAGAUUCUCAGAGCACUGUUCAGGUCUAUUGGUGGCGGUAGAUUCGAAGCUCUAUAUAAAGAAGUUUUACCGAUACUACAGGAGAUGUUGGACAAUCUUGCUUAUCUCCUCCAGCAUGCCGCGGACGACAGUCAACGGGAUCUCUUUGUGGAACUUACUCUUACUGUACCUGUCCGAUUGACAAAUCUACUUCCUCAUCUCAGCUAUUUGAUGAAACCGCUUGUUCACGCUUUGGGAGCUGGAUCAGAUCUGGUUAGUCAAGGUCUCCGGACAUUGGAACUGUGUAUCGAUAAUCUCACUGCCGAAUUCCUCGAUCCCACCAUGGGUCCAGUGCUACGCAACCUCAUGGCUGCCUUGCACAAACUUCUCAAACCCAUACCAGCAAACAGAAGUCAUGCGAAUGCCGCGUUGAAGAUUCUCGGUAAACUCGGAGGCAGGAACAGACGAUUCCAAGAAGUUGAUACGAUUCUUGAUUACGAUCUCCAUAGCGAUCGUUUGAGUGCUCCAAUCACUUUCGACGGAACUAGACAUCAUCUUCAACUCGCUCCUCUUGUCGCUACCGCGGGCACUGUGCUGGCAGAUGAGAGUCAAAUCUUGAGGGAAGAUGGCUUGCAAAUGAUGAUGUAUGCUGCAUUGACAAUAUUCCAAGAGGAUGCACCGAAUCCCGAGGGUAAUGCCACAUUCCAGAGUGUUAUGACUGGACUUUUCUUAGCUUGCGGUCAACCUAAGAUUGGUGAGAAAGCACUAGAGUUUGUCCGAAAUCUUUGUCGACGGGCUUUCGCAUUGGAAUUGGGAAGAACCGAGAGCACCGACCCAAAUGCCAAACCAUUCCCAGACGGCUCUCGGAAACGAUUUUUGCCUUUGACGAACGCGUUGUCGGACUGCUUUGUGGCCACCCUGCAUGAUUCCAAGGCUGCUGAUCGAUCCGGUCUUAGCGAUUUACUUGCAACUAUCGUUACCGACUUCAAGGAACUUGCUCAAAGCCCUACAUUCGCUGGAAAAGUUGACGGAUCGCGAUCGUUUGAACGUAUGGUCGGCUUUUUGGCCCACAGACUGGUAACCUUGUGUCAUGAGGAGGACUGGUCAAAGAAAAUGGCUGGUGUAACUGCCAUGUCAGCGUUCAUACACAAGAUCGACCUCAGCAGAAAGAUGAUCAUUGACAACGAGUUAGACUUUGUUCGAGCAUUAUUGUUCUGCCUGCGAGACGCUCCCAAAGACACUCCCAAGACUUCCGAAGAGGUAAUAGACCUUAUCAAGCAUCUUCUCAAGAUUUGUCAAUCACAAGACGACGGUAAGCCUAGGUUACCACGUCUCGCCGAAGCGCUCGUGGCGGAGCUCAACAGUCAGAGUGCUUUGGCCCGUCGCGCAUCUCAAGAAUGUAUUGAAACUUUGGCAGAAGUCACAUCUCAACCAGUACCUGAUCUCAUCACCGGUAUAGCCAAAGCCAAACUGCUCAAUACCGAACAUGGUCCGAUCUACUCCAAACCCCUUCGUGCACUACCUUUCGCUAUGCAAGUGGGAAACAUCAAUGCUGUCACUUACUUGAUGGAUCUCAGACCUUCGGUUCCCGAUACUUCUGAGGAGUUCACCAGAUUGUUGCAUGAAGUCCUGGCAUUGGCGGAUGUGGAUGACGCUAAUCUGAUCAGUAAACCCGCCACUCACAAACAAGAGAAUUGGCUCAAAACUCUCCGAAUCUCGUGUCUCAAAUUACUCAAAUCUGCCAUGUCUGCUCCUGAUUUUCUCAACAAACCAAACCUCGCACAGCUUCGUGCUCGUAUCAUUCAGGUAUACUUCAAACAUGUCUAUUCUCCAAAUCCGGAUAUCGUUGAUGUCGCUCACGAAGGUUUGCGCGAUGUUCUGCAACAACAGAACAAACUCCCUAAAGACGUCUUACAGCAAGGUCUUCGACCCAUUUUGGUGAAUCUUGCCGAUGCUAAACGACUCAGUGUAUCUGGUCUCGAUGGUUUAGCUCGUUUCCUCGAGCUACUCACCAACUAUUUCAAAGUAGAGAUCGGUAUCAAACUCCUGGAUCAUUUCAAGACAUUGGGAGAGCAGCAGAUGCUUAUGAAGGCUGCUUUCUCACCCCUCGAUGACAAUCCUGAUAUUUCCAGAAUGGCUCGUUUGGUCAACAUUUUCCGGCUCUUACCUCCCAACGCCAUUCAGUAUCUCAACGAUCUUGUAUCCAAUGUUGUAGAGGUGGAAUCUAUCCUUCACCAAUCUGUGCCAGGCCCUUUCACCGAAAACCUUGGUAAAUACCUUGAUCGAUAUCAUCAAAACGGUGCACAGAACCUCUUAGACAACAUUCAAAAUCCCAGAUACGUUUGGACUUACAGAAAUAUCAUCGCCUCUGGUUGCGCACCGCAUCUUAUCGAAGAAUUGGCUUCUCGCUCAGAAGCCUUGUGCCAAUUAUGCUUUAGUAGUCCUGAGAACAUAGAUAUGGUCUUACCUGGAUUGUACUUAAUUCGCGAACUAUCUCGGGUCUCGGCAAAUUGGUUAUCUGACAGUGAACCAGCUCUGGAACCAUUGGUCAACGUCUGGAGGAUGAUUGUGUCCAAAUCAAGGGAUCUCAAAUCCGAUAUGACGAGCUACCAUUAUCAGCAGAUGCCUUCGUUACUUCUCGAGAUGUUCAUGACUAGUCUUAAACAUCAACAGCACAUUCCUCUACUCUUCCAUGUAGUAGAGGCAUACGAAGUGCGAGCUUCAUUCGAACGAUCUCACGUUUCAUUCUUCUUAUAUCAACAAGUCGCUCUUCAAGAUUCCUUGGAGUACCGCAGAGACGUUAUCGAAUACUUCUUCAACCUCUACGAGGAAGAUAGUGUAUCAUGGGCGUUCAAAACAAAUGCGUUACGAGUGAUUGUAAACCCAACUUUACGGGUUCACUUCUCACAAUCUAAUGCUGAUCAAUCGAUAAUAUCCCCACAAUUGGUGCAGAAAAUCGCAAAUCUAAUGUGGAGGCCUCUAGCAGCCACAGCCGCGGCGAAACAAAGAGAGGAUACUCACCUGAUCGAGGUUUUCGCCUUGACAACCCUUCUUGUGCAGCAUUGCAGCGCUAAAGUCAAUGAAGCGAGGAAGGAGAUUUUCAAACUCGCUUGGAUGGGUAUCAACCUUUUGGAACCUACCGUCAAGCUCAUGGCAUACGUUUUAGCCGCAAGAUUCAUGGCAACUUACGAAACACCUGUGAAAUUUGUCAGACUAACUUGGACUGGUGUUCUGCGCCUCAAAGAAACAGAUAACCGAACUCUGUAUAGGCAAGCUAUCGAUACGCUUGCAUCCUCCCUAUCCGUCCGAGAUCCCCCUCCUGCCAGCGGUACACCAGAGUGGGCCAAACUGCUACGAACGGUGCUCAUUGAAGAAGGUCAUGCCACGAAUCAACUGGUCACAGUGUGCGAAUUACUCGUUAAUCACCCUGAUUUAUUCUACGACUAUCGAGAACUUUACGUCCCUCACGUUGCCAAUUCUCUAUCAAAACUUGCUUUCGUUCAAGCUGCUACGCCUGAACUCAAAAAGCUUACCGUCGAUAUCGUGGAAUUGAUCUUCAACUGGGAGAAGAAACGUAUGGCAGCUCGAGACGCUGAAGCUAUGGAUGUUGAUGACGGACCCAAACGAAAUGGAGAUCACCUGGCUGAGCAGUCACCCGUCAAGAGGCAGAGAGUAGACAGAGCCGGCACUGCUAUAUCGGGAAGUAGUGGUGGUGGUUGGGCUGCGCCCGGGCAAGUUAGGGAAUUGAUGACGGCUCAUCUACUGAGAUUAGUCUCUACAUCUUCUGAAUCAGUGACCAGAAAUGGACUGACUCGAAGAGCGCUCGAUCUUUUCAAGGAGAUUCUAGGACCUAAAGGACUGCCCAAUGUGCAUGUCAAACUUGGUUUCUUCCAUAGGACCAUGACGCAGGACAUCAAUGAUAACACCAGGACUACAGUCGCUAAUUCCACCGAAGUCAUUGCCGCUGCCGCUGCCGUCCGCGAUUCCCAUUGGGUCAAAGUCAACCUUGGAUUAUUGUCUAAACUGCUCGAAAAGGUAUGGGUGUCGGACGAGACAGACCUGCAUCAAGUUGUCGCUCCUUUGACCGAGGAUCUCUUCGCGGAAAUGCCUCUAGAUGAAAACACCGCCACUGAUCCGGAACCCAAGGCACUCUUAACCUUUGUUCAAAACGCUGUGAACGAUGGUUUGGUACAAAGUUUGAAAUCGAAUUCCAGUCUUCCUGGCACUCUUUUCCUCCUGCGAUCAUGGCUCAAAACUCACCCCAAGGUCCUGCAAUCGGAGACUAUUAGUGCAGCAUUACUCAAGGUUCUUGGUAGCUUAGUCAGAAGUCAUACUGCUUCUACUAGUAGCAAUAGCAAUGCACCCGCACAAGCAGUUGAUCCGGAUCCCACAGCGAAACUCAUUAUAUCUGUACUUGAUAUCAUCCGUGACCGAGUGAGUGAUUUACGCGAACAACGAAAGGCACUAUACAGUAUCAUCACCACACUGGUCGAACGAUCUUUAAGCACAACUUUGUGUCGAUACGUACUACAAUUAGUCCGACAUUGGGUUAUCGAAGAUUCCGAAGGUGCAUUGCAUGGAAAAGAAAAGGCCAAUAUUCUAUUGCGCAUGCCUGUCUUCGAGCAAAGGGGUGAUGAACUUUUCCAAGAAUACCUCGAUGUCAUUUAUGAAAUCUAUGAAGACGAUAAAUUAAGAUCCACCGAAAUCACACAUCGACUGGAACAAGCUUACUUGCUUGGUACCAAAUCGAAAAAUGCUGUUCAACGAGCUAAAUUCCUGGACAGAUUGGAUCAAAGUACCCCCAGAACUCUCGAUGGGAGAUUACAAUUCCUUUAUGCCUUACAUAAUUGGGAAACACUCGCCGAUUGUUAUUGGAUUCCCCAAAUUCUCAGCCAGGUCCUUGGUGUAGCUGACCACGAAGAGAACCUCAUUCGAAAACCUGCACCUUCGUUACUCGACUCCGACCCUAUCUUCGAGAUGGCCCUAAACGCUACCAUCAGUGAUAUCAUCUCACCAGCAAGAAAUCUGAUUCACAUCGAUAACGAUCUCGCCCACCGGCUUUGGAUAUCGGUUUUCCCUAUGUGUUGGUCAUCUCUUACUCGAGCCCAACAGACAGCUUUCACGCCGUAUAUCGUCAAGGUUCUUGCGAAAGAAUACCUUCGAAAGCAAGUCGAAAUGCGACCCAAUGUUGUUCAGACCUUCCUCGACGGUAUACUCGCUUGUAGACCUCUAAUCAACCUCCCCCCUUUGCUCGUCAAGUAUCUUGCGAAGACUUACAAUACUUGGUACGCAGGAUUUGAGAUUCUCACCAAGCUCAUCGACAUCUAUCGACCGGAUGAUGUCUUGCGAGAACUCUGUGCAAGUGCUCUUAGCGAAUUGUAUGCCGAACUCUGCGAGGAAGACAUGUUUUAUGGCCUUGCUAGAAGUCGAUGUGUCUUCCCCGAGACUAUCGCGGCUCUCACCUACGAGCAGAAUGGUUUGUGGCCCAAGGCAAUCGAGCUCUACGAAACAGCACAAAUCAAAGCCAGGAACAACUUGUUGCCUUUCACCGAAGCCGAGUACUGUUUCUGGGAGGAUCACUGGAUCUUGUCUGCGCAAAAGCUACAAAAUUGGGAGAAUCUGACAGAAGUAGCCAGAGUGGACCAAGACGCGGACUUGCUAUUGGAAUGUGCUUGGAGACUAUCCGAUUGGAGUUCACCAGAUCGUGAUAUGAUUGACCAAAACAUUGCUCGAGUGUCUGAUAUUCCUACUCCCCGUCGAAAAACUUUCGAAGCUUUUGUUGCUCUCCUUCGAUCACACAUGCAUAAAGAACCACCCAACGAAUUCUUCAAGAUUCUGGACGAGGCCCAGCAGGUUACUCUCCGGAAAUGGGUUAGUCUACCAACCCAUAUGACCAACGCGCAUCUGCCACUUCUUCAGAUGUUCCAACAAACUGUUGAACUCACUGAAGCCGCUCAAGUCUUCGACAGUCUUGCCAUGACGAACCAGCAAAACCUCGAAAUGAGAUGCAACAGUGAUCUGAAGACUAUCUUCCAGACUUGGCGAGAUCGGUUACCUAACUUUUGGGACGACAUCAGUGUUUGGAGUGAUCUUCUCGCUUGGCGUCAACAUGUCUUCCAAGCUGUUACAAGGGUUUAUCACCCGCUUGUCUCCCCUACUGAUGCCGCAACUUAUGGUUAUAGAGGUUUUCAUGAAACGGCAUGGAUGAUCAAUCGAUUUGGCGAAGUCGCUCGUCGACACGGUCUCUUAGAUGUUUGCAGUGUCGCGCUCAACAAGAUCUACAUGUUGCCCAACAUUGAGAUAUCCGAAGCAUUCCUCAAAUUACGAGAACAAGCGUUAUGCUUCUUCCAAAAACCCGACAAAUUCAAUGAUGGUCUUGAAAAUAUCAGCACGACAAAUCUGAUGUAUUUCGCACCUCCUCAGAAGGCCGAAUUCCUUACUCUUAAAGGAAUGUUCAUAUCUCGUUUGGGUCAGAACGAAGAAGCCAAUGCAGAGUUCGCUCAUGCCAUUCAAAUGGACAUGAACCUGCCCAAAGCAUGGGCUGAAUGGGGUAGAUUCAACGACAAGCUCUAUCGAGAUAGACCAGAAACAGUCCCUGGACCAGCACCAGAACCGGAACCUGGAAAGCAGAAAGUAACGGAUGAACAAUGGCAGGAGCAAUACGCUCACGAUCGAGCUAUCCUGGCUUCGAGUGCUGUCUCUUGUUACCUCCAGGCUGCGGGAUUAUACAACAAUCACAAGUCAAGAGGUCUUCUUCUUCGUGUACUUUGGUUGCUUGGUCUAGACGAUAGCAGUAACAACAUUUCCAAAGCAUUCGAGAAUUACAAAGGAGAUCUGGUCAUUUGGUAUUGGAUCACCUUGAUUCCUCAACUGCUUAUGUCUCUUUCACACCGAGAAGCCAAACAAGCUAGACUUCUUUUGUUACGUAUCGCCAAGCAGUUCCCUCAGGCCUUAUUCUUCCACCUCAGAGUCUCUAGAGAAGACUUUGUCAGCAUCAAGAAACAACAGCAGUCUCGACUGGCGGCUCAACGUCGUGCGGACGCAGCGACGAAAUCCCUCACGGCGAACGUAUCGACUACUGCUGAUGGUGGUGGGGAGCCCAGAUCUUCGGAAGAUGUCAAAGACGGAGUCAAGGAGGAACAAAACGGAAGCACUCCUGCGGCCACUAAUGGUAGCCAGGUGGCUCAACAAGGCCAACAACUCAAUGGAAAUGCCAACGGAUCGAUGGCUCCACCUUCUUCAGUCCCACCUCCUCCGCGACAACCAUGGGAUCUCGUUGAUGAAAUCAUGAAUAUGCUCAAGACCGCUUUCCCACUGUUGGCACUGACAAUGGAGAAGAUGGUGGAUCAAAUAUCUCUUCGAGCUAAACCUAAUUCUGAUGAAGACAUUUAUCGAUUCUUCUCUGCUCUACUUGCGGAUGCUAUGCAGCAGUGGGGUGGUAGAAAUGGACUUCCUAAUGAUGACGGAGAAUUGAGUGCUCAGACAAAGGAUAAUCUGGCCAAAUUCGCUACUAAUCUCAACGGAGAUUUAAAGGCGAUGAUCGAAAAGGAUUUCAUGAAGGACAUGCCCAAGUUGCGCGAGUACAUCAAACGACUUCAGAGAUGGCGAGAUUUCUACGAGAAGAACCUUGAUGGUAGACCAAAAAUACAACCGCUAGAUCAAGGUGGAUGUAACCUCACUGAGUUCCAUCAUACCAAAUUCGACGAUGUCGAGAUUCCUGGUCAAUACGUUCACCAUGUCGACCAAGGCGAAGAGUUUAUCAAAAUCGCUCGAUUCGCUCCAAAAGCUGAACUAGGUCGAGGCCACGGACAUUGUUUCCGUCGAAUAACCAUGGUUGGCAAUAACGGUUCCUCUUAUACUUUCCACGUGCAAAUGCCAGCUGCUCGACAUUGUCGCAGAGAGGAACGUCUCACCCAGUUGUUCCGCAUUAUGAAUAGUGUACUGAAGAAGAGGAAAGAGUCACGACGCCGAAAUCUGCAAUUCCAUCUUCCUACCGCGACUCCCCUUGCUCCCCAACUCCGACUGGUUCAAUCUGAUUCGUCAUACGUUAGCUUGCAAGAUAUCUUUGAGGACUAUUCAGCUUCGAAAGGAGUGUCACGAGAAGAUACGACUCUUGCCUACUUCGACAGAAUGAAGCAAUUGCAUGAUCCUGCUAUUCCAAGGAAUGAUCCUAAAUUCAUUCAACUCAAAUCUGAAGUCAUGGAAGAAAUUCAGACGAAGAUGGUGCCGGAAACAAUUAUGACAAACUAUAUGAUCAGGACAAUGAAGGACGCCGAAUCCCUCUGGCUCAUGCGAAAGCAGUUCGCUCUACAAACUGCUACGACCAUGUUCCUCACAUACGUCUGCUGCUUGAGUAGCAGAGCGCCUUCACGAUUCUACAUUAGUCGAAAGACAGGUCUUAUGUAUAUGACUGAAAUACUACCUGCUUUUGCUCCCGGGCAACCGCUGAUCCAAUCGCAAGAGUCUGUACCAUUCAGACUUACACCCAACAUGCAGGACUUCAUCACCAGAGUCGGUGUUGAAGGUGUCGUCACAGCUGCAUGUACCGCCAUCGCGAGAUGUCUUACCCAACCUGAAUUCGACUUGUCGGGCACUCUAUGCUUGUUCGUUCGAGAUGAGUUGCUUAUCUGGCACAACACAUUCGUAAAAGAUCCUCGUCAAGAUAGUCCACUUAUCACUCAUGUACAUAAGAACGUUGAUAACUUUAUCAAACGGGCUGGAACAAUGGGUUACAUAGGUGAUAAUAUCAAAGAUAAAUCACCGAACGCAGCUCCAGCCAUACAUGCUAUUGUCACUUUGAUCUCACAAGCUACUGCUCCAUUGAACUUAGCGCAAAUGGCUGAUACUUAUAUGGCUUGGUUCUAA